AGAAAGAAAAAGACAUGAAUAAAACAAGCCUUACAAGUAGUCUUUUUUUUUUUUUCCUCGAUGAUUUUGACAGGUAGGGGUGUUUUCUUCUUUCCUUUUUCUCUCUCUCUCUCUCUCUCUCUCUCUCUCUCUCUCUCUCUCCUCCUAAGUCCUCAGACUUCCUCGCGAGCAGUCCGCAGUUCUUAUUGGUAGGUUCCCUGUUACAUCACAAUGGUCGAUUGUGACGCGCACUUCUUUCCUGUUUCCUUCGGCCGCGUCUUUAAGUGGGUGCCCGCAGUCGGAGGAGCGCGAGCACAGAGCGCUUCUUUCCUCCUCCACCACCAGCACUUCUUCCUCCUCUAUUUCCAGCAUCAUCAUCAUCAUCAUCAUCUUCUCCUCCUCCUUCUUCCUCUUCUUCUUCUUCCACGUUCGCCCGCGUCUCCUUCGCCUCCACCGCCGCGCACCCGGCGUGCGCUCCCGGACACCCUGAGCCCCGCACUGAGACUGAGACUCUCACACACACACGCUUUCACACACACACACACACACACACACACACACUCUCUCUCUUUCUCUCUCUCACGCGCACACACACACGCGCGCGCUCCGUAUAUUCCACAGAGGAGCAGAAAUCUCUCAACCCCGUAUAUCCGAGUGUCGCGUUCGCUCUCUUUAUUUCUCUUCUCACAUCUCCCUCUCUCUUUCUCUCUCUCUUUCUCUCUCUCUCUCCCCUCUCUCUCUCUCUCUCUCUCUCUCUCUCUCUUUGCCAACACACACACACACACACACACACACUCAUUUCCCACGCGCGUCUCUCGCUCCCGUUACUCGGGCACCAUAAUUUCGGCCGCGCGGUGUUUCUUUAAAUAAAAAAAGAAAAAAAGAAAGAAAGAAAGAAGAGGAAAAGAAGAAAAAUAGGAGGACAUUUUGCAUUUCAGGGAGGUCUUUCUACUGGAAUUUACCAACAGAGUGUGAGCCCUGGCCUCUGAGAAAUGGCUCAAUAGUAUCACCAGGGAUGCCGGACCAUGACAGUGAGUCCCUCCUAAACCGACAGACCAAAAGAAGACGAGUGGACAUCGGCGUGAAGAGAACCGUGGGCUCGACCUCGACGCUGACAUCAGCAGCUUCGACCGACUUCAUUCCCAGCCGCGCAUCAAAAUCCGCCAUCAUUUUCAGGGCCAUGAACAGCCACCACAGCACAGAGCAGGACCUUCUGGACUGUCAAGGUGUGCAGCUUGGACACGGGGACUCAAGCGAAUCCAAGUCCAAUGUGCUACGGAAACUUUUGAAGAGGGCCAACUCGUAUGAGGACACAAUGAUGCCUUUUCCCGGUGCUACCAUCAUCUCGCAGCUGCUGAAAAGCAACAUGGCAAAAAAUGGAGCAGGGGGAGGAGUCGAGUCGGGGUUCCCUAGUAGUGCUCUCUCCAGCACAGGAUCCGAGGUGCCCCAAGAGGAUGCAUGCAGUAACUCAUCCCAGGAAAGCCCGCAGGAGUGUCUUUCACCGUUCAGCCGCCCAACUCUGGGUCAUUUUGACGUCGAACGACUUAAUGAUGAACACCUCCGAGCAAAGCGAGCCCGUGUAGAGAACAUAAUUCGUGGAAUGAGCCACUCACCCAAUGUAAUGAUGCCAUCAAACUCCAGUUCAAGGGAACGAGAGCGAGAUGGUGAAGGAGAACCUGAAGGCCCCCAUCAGCCACCAAGCCCGCGAGAGGGCUAUCGUGAGAACAAGCGUAAGCAAAAGCUUCCUCAACAGCAGCACAGCUUCCAGCAGCUGGUCUCAGUGCACAAAGAGCAAAAGGUGGAGGAACGCAGGCAGCUCAAACUGCAGCUCGAGGACAUGCAGAAACAGCUGCGCCAGCUGCAGGAGAAGUUCUUUCAGAUUUAUGACAGCACUGACUCUGAAGGGAAUGACCCCGACCAUGACGGAGGGAACCUCUCUGAAGACAGUGCACGAUCCGAUGCCGGGCUCAUGGACGGGGAUGGAGACGAGCGCCCCAUGCGUGAUUCUGCUGCUGAUCGUUCUGAUAACGAGAUGUCAGACUUGGAUCCAGGACAUUUUCUGGACAGGGCAAGAGCAUUGCUAAGAGAACAGGCCCUCCUGGAUGGAGAAAAACCCAAAAGGGAAAGUUCACUGAGGGGCAAAGGUCCAACCUCUAUGCAUGCAGAAGGAAAGCAACUGGCAGAGACCCUGAAGCAGGAACUGAACUCUGCCAUGUCUCAGGUGGUAGACACUGUAGUGAAGGUCUUUGCGAAACCUCCACGGCCUCUCCCGCAGGUGUUUCCACCGCUUCCUCCGCCUCAGGAACGUUUUACCGUUAACGGGGACAACCCCAAUUUCCACACAACCAAUCAGCGCCUGCAGUGCUUCGGAGAUGUCAUAAUCCCCAGCCCACAUGAGUCAUUUGGUGGAGUCCCGCUCCCCAGUGCCAAUGAUCAGACUGAGGCACUGCCUUUAGUGGUGAGGAAGUCUGCAGUUGAACAUCACCACCAAUCCUCAGCAGUGGGUGCUCAUGGAGGCCACCACCAUCCCUCCCUCCAUCCCUCUUCCCUAUCAGCCAACAUGGGCUUCAGCCCACCAUCUUUCCGCCACCCAUUUCCCCUACCUCUAAUGGGGUACCCCUUUCAGGGCCCGCUCGGUGCUCCGUCAUUAGGGUACCCAGGAAAAGACAGAGGCUCACCUGAUUCCAUGGACCUCUCACGGGAGACCACCAGCUUACGGACCAAGAUGGCAUCCAACCACCAUAUGGGGCACACCCGUUCCUGCUCGCCAACCCACCCAGGGAGCACGGCUGAGAGUCUUUCUCUGUCUCUCAUUAAGUCAGAGUGUGGGGACCUCCAGGACAUGUCUGACAUCUCACCAUACCCUGGGAGUGCAAUUCAGGAAGGGCUUUCCCCCAACCACCUGAAGAAGGCCAAGCUGAUGUUUUUCUACACCAGGUACCCCAGCUCCAACAUGCUCAAGAUGUUCUUCGCGGACGUCAAGUUUAACCGGUGCAUCACGUCGCAGCUGAUCAAGUGGUUCAGCAAUUUCCGUGAGUUCUACUACAUCCAGAUGGAGAAGUUCGCCAGGCAGGCCAUAAACGACGGCGUGACGGGGACAGACGAGAUGAGCGUCAGCCGAGACUCCGAGCUCUUCCGAGCUCUCAACAUGCACUACAACAAGGCCAAUGACUUCGAGGUUCCCGAACGUUUCCUGGAGGUGGCUCAGAUCACGCUGCGCGAGUUCUUCAACGCCAUCGUGGCCGGGAAAGACGUGGACCCGUCUUGGAAGAAGGCCAUCUAUAAAGUCAUCUGCAAGCUGGACUCGGAGGUUCCAGAGAUCUUCAAAUCUCCCAACUGCCUCCAGGAGCUCCUCCACGAGUAACGCCCCCUAAAGCCCACCCCAACCAAAAAAAAAAAACCCUCCACUACUACACCUAAUUAUUUGAGUUUUUUUUAAAUACAUUUUUUUUUCAUUUGUUGUUGUUUUUUUUGUUUUUUUUGAAUGUAUGGCAUAUGAAGUAGCAUUCCUGACCUUUCAUGAUUUUUGCCUUGGGGUGAUCUAGUUCAAUUUUUGGAAAAUUUUCUUUCUUAUCUUUUAGUUUGCAUUUUCUUGUCGUGUUUCAUCUUUUGAAGCGACUUUGAGCCCACUAGCGUAUGCUUUUUUACCCGACUCCCCUGUUUUUGCUUGGCCACUCUGGAAUUCUGGGUAAUCCUCACAAGAUCUCGAAAUACCGAAGCCAAACAACUCAGCGAACUGGUAUAACUGACGUCUUGGCGCUCGUUUAUCGAACCAUUUUGAAGUGUGUAUUUUCUGGAGAAGUGGGCACUGCAUUUAUAGGGUGUAUAGAAUGACGAUGCUGAUGAUGAUUAUUAUUUCUAUUAUUAUUGUUAUUUUAUUACUGUUGGUGUUCUUGUCGUCGUCGUCGUUGUUCCCGCUUGGGUAAGACUGGCACUUGGAGGUUUUUUUUUUGUUUUUUCUAUUUUUCUUUUUCUUUUGUUCUUUCUUUCUUCAUUCUAUACUUCCUCUCUUUCUUUUUUUCUCUCUUUCGAUUCAUGCUAUGAUUGCAAGAAAAUAAAUUAUUAUUCCAAAAUGUAAAUCUCUAACUAUAUGCAAAACUAUAUUACAGACUUUACAUUAGAAUAGACCCUAGAGUCCUCGCACCUGGAUUUUUUUUUUUAUUUAAUUUUUCUCUUUUCCUUCCAUAUAUUAUGGGUCCAAGAUAUGCUUUGAUUGACAGCCCAAUGCACCAAUCGCAACAUUUUUGAAGGGCAUCAUAACCCAUAACCCCACACUCUUUAAAACCUGUUUUUCUUUUGUUGGGUUGCACAGAAAACACAAACACAUACACACAUUUAAAUGCCCUUCAACUGGUCAUUCCGGAGGAAUCUUUUGGAAUGUUCGAGGACGUAUGAUGCGAGUGUGUGUGCAGGUGUGUGUUUUUUCUUUCUUUUUUUUGUGCUAUUUAGCUCAGUAUUUCAAUGCUGUUUCUUGAAUACUGAACUACAAUGAAAAAAAAAGCAUCCACGUUUUCAGAGGAAACAUCAAUUCAACCCCUACAUACAAUUUAUUAUUAUUAUUAUUAUUAUUAUUAUUAUUAUUAUUAUUUGUCUUGGAUGUUAGGAUUUGAAAGUUUGUACUGUACGGAUAUGAAUUGAAAAAAAAAAAAAAAAAAAACCUGCAC